AUGGAAAUGGAACGCUCUCUCUCUCUCGAGGAACAAGCGGAACUUGCCCGCAGCAAUAAAAAAGUUAAAAAUGUGAAUCAUGCGGGUUUUUGUGAAGGCCAAAGCUCAGGGUCUGCAUCUCCUAGUUUCGCUGGGGGCUAUGGCAGCCAAAAUGCUUCAUUCAGAGACAAACUUUUGGGUGAAAUACCAGGUGCAUACACGCAGGCUUUUUGUUUUAAAGAGUUCAUGGAUGAUGAUGCCAAGUCGAAUGAUGAAGUGGAAACUCUUAGGCAAGGUAUGGUAGCUGUGAAAUUCUCGAAAGAGCUUAAAAAAGAGAUUCGAAGACCUUGGAUGAGAGCUUUGAUUGUGAAAGUAUACGGUAGAACUAUUGGAUUAAAUUUUCUCCAAGCUAGAUUAUUAUCCUUGUGGAAGCCAGCAGGGCGUAUGGAUGUUGUUGACCUUGAACAUGGUUUCUUUCUAGUAAGGUUGUCAUUGAAAGAGGAUGUGGAGACUGUGUUGAAGAAAGGUCCUUGGUUUUUAGGAGAACAUUUCUUAUCGGUUAGACCAUGGGAACCGGAUUUCAAGCCCGAAUCAGCCAAGGUGUCUUCUAUUGCAGUUUGGGUUAGACUCAGUGGGUUACCUAUUGAAUACUACAAUGAUAAGGCUCUUCAACACAUUGGGAAGGCUAUUGGCAAUGUGUUAAGGAUUGAUACUUUUACGGCGACUGAAUCAAGAGGUAAGUUUGCAAGGUUGUGUAUCCAAGUCGAUGUGGACAAGCCGCUUAUUACUACGGUGAUGAUAGGUAAAAUCCAGCAAGCUGUUACUUAUGAGGGGAUCCAUAACUUAUGCUUUGAGUGUGGAAGAAUGGGCCAUAAAAGAGAGGCUUGUCCAGUUGUUAUUAGGCCGAUGCCGCCGUGUGAGGAAGAGGAGAAGGGAGGUGCAGGUGAUAGAGGGGCAAGCACACACGUUGUGCAUGAUCCUGACAGUGCUGAGAUAAAUUUGGGACCACAUGGAAAGGACAAUGCCGUGCGAGAGGACGUGCAUGAGGGAUCAUAUGGACCAAGGGUGGUCGUGGCACGCAGGAAGAAAGAGAAAAAAAUUUAG